CCACUUGCAUCUCCAUGACUUUUGUUAUCCAGGUGAAAUUGAACAGUUCGAAAUUUUCAGCUAAGGGAGUGACAGCAACAAAGAAACAAAGCUUAGCAUCCAUUGUUGAAAUCUCAACGAGUGAUGAGAAUUUGUUCAACUGAACAUUAGAGAUUCUCUGCUGAGGUGAACGGAAAUUUGCAUCUUUCUUUAUGCGCAAGUCUCAUAAGAUGAUAAACGACAGUUAGCGAGUGUUUAUUCAGUAAAUUCGUCACAACAAGAAAACAUUUAAAGCAGGUGAAUCCACACAAUAACCAGUUAUUCUUUUUCAGGGAAAAUUCGCAAGAGAAAAAAAAUGUAUUCUUUGUCACACAACUAAUGAGUCACUAGCUCUAGAAGAAAAGGGCCGGGGUUACCUCUGCACCCGCUGAAGAGCAUAUGCUUAAAUCUCUCUGCUUCAUAACUGUUUGGCCAUUGUCAGUGCGGUUACUGACAAUCACAAGCACUCUCUAGUGUUCUUCCAUUUAGCGCUGCUAAACUGAAUUGAAAAUUUCUCCAUGUGAUGGUUAAUUUGUGUGAAUAAUAAAUGAGUUACAAUCAUGAAAAACAAACAGACGUUAAUAAUUUCGCAUGCAAAAACGUGGGCAACCUGAGUGUCUUAGAGUAGCUGACUCUCUUUCUCUCUGUACCACGAUUCAUGCUCCCGAAGCUUGCAGUCAAUACAUUCAAAAGAAAUGAUCAACACUGCGUAAAUCGCCAUUUACACAGUCCUUAAGAAGCUAAUUUAUUUCUGAUACUCGGUUAGCAAGCAUUAGACAAAGACGGCAAGAAAGUACCAUAUGUUUCGCGGUUACUCUUUCUCAUGGAAGUCAACGAUAACAACGUGCUAGCUAUGCCCGAUACGACACACGCGAACGGAUUUGUAGAAGAGAAACAACGAACUACGCCACAGUUCUGGGUUGAGCGAUCCGUCAGAGGAAAUUCCCGGGGAACUCGACCGCAAGUCAAGAACUGGUGACUUCGUACCUUUUUUAAGUGUUGAUCUUGUCGCCCAGUCGUAAACAUUUGGCCUUGAAUGUUUUGUGGCCUAACUUUAGAACUUAUUUUGUAAAGCACGUUUUGUAAAGAGCGGCGAAAGGGAACUGUGCGAUAACCGUAUCAGAUCAAGCAAAAAGAUUAGAACACUUCUCCAAAGUACUCAUUUUGAGUUUUUUGCUGAUAACCGGAAAUUUAAAGCACAACUUGGAUCGCAUGGCUCUUCGAUUUGGAAACACUACAAGACUUCAUCACAUUGACUUCCCCAAACCUUGUACAGAAAGUGGGGCACAGACUUGGGAGCAAACAAUGCCAGAGACGCAACAUGAGUUGAAACAAUCUCCGCAAGGAAAUCCCAGUCAUAAAACAUCAAAAGUUAAUGUUAAGAUCCGCAGAAAACAUGAAAAAGAGAACACUAAAAAAUCUCGACAAGAUGGAAUUGCGCAACCUACAGAACUAAAAAGCGAAAUCUUACAAAACAGUGGCAAUUGUGGGUACAGUCUGGAGGCCGUUUCAAACCGAUCACCAUUAGGCAGUUUGAUGACUCAACAGUCCAUAGCGACUUGCCAUAUGAACUUAACCGUUGAGUGGGACGUUUUAGACUCGUUCUCGGAGUUUGCGACGUUUUUGGAAUUACAAAAUCCUAUCUGCCCCGCUCAUCUUAUUGACACGCCAGAGAAGCUUCUUAGUGUUUUGUCCUACGAGUUUUACUGAAAACGCGGUGUGACAUGAAUAUUCACAAAGCUUACUGUGGUUAAUUUCAGGGCAUUUAGCAACGCUCAUCGUAGAACAAGAAUUGAGACGAUUCGGCGAAAAACUUGCCAAGGGUCAACUAGAUUGGGUUAGGAUAAAAACACACAACAUUGGAAAAAAGUAAAUUUACCUUGAAAUCUGUUUAUUUUAUUUCCUUGUCAUUGGUAAACGCGAACGAAAUUUUUUUUUCUUUUGUUGUUUUUCUUUAAGUCGACUGACCCCCUUAAGUUUUAAAUAUCACACCGAAUUUCUAAAAUCAUUUGACUUUAAAAAUCUUGUCAUUGUAAUUUUGCUUGUACCACCUUGUCCUUGCAUAUUUCAAGCGUUUAGUAAUUAAGUAUACAAACUACGCGACUUAAGCUGACUUCUAAGCGAGCAAAAAAGGCAUAUUGAAUGUACAAUUUAGUCUUUCGCGCAUCCCGUUUACCUUUUCGACGCGCGCCGUUGUUUUGCGAUACGAGUGUCGCGUGUUGCUUAAAUCUUUUAAAUCGUACGCCAUUACCCUUUAACGCGCGCGACGAUAAAGAUCUAUUUUAAGAUACCACUUUCCUGUAAAGUCAUUAAUAUUCCUCUAUGAUUGCCACCUGUAUAAGUGAUAUUCACGCGCUGUAUUUAAGGGAUGCACUGAAGGAGAGCAGGGAAGAGAUGUGCUGAAGUUUUAAACUUUAGUUAAAGAACUUGGUGAAAUUAAAUUUUGACUUUUACCACAA